AUGGAAGCACAAACAAUUAGUGUAGAAUAUUUUAUUUUAAAAUUACAAUAUCCAGAAUAUGAUACACAUUCACCAGAUAUUAAAUUUCCAUCAUUAGACAUUUUAUCAAAAGAAAAAGAUAAUAAAAUACUCUCAAAUAAAUCAAUUUUUGGAUAUUUACAACCAUUUUCUUAUUCUGUUUCAUGUGAGAAUUUAUUUGAAAGUGAUUCAGAUGAAUUAAAACAUGCACUUGCUUUAUUAUCUGAUCUACGUAAUUCAUCAUUAAUAUCUGAUCAAUAUUAUAAUAUAACAAAAGAGCAAUGUAAUAUAUAUCGUUCUCAACGUUUUAAUGAAAAAUUUCAUCAUGAAGAUACAACAAAAAAUCGACAAUUUUCAUUAGCAUUUUCUAUACUUAUGUAUGAAAAUGUCGAACAAUUCGAACGUCUUUUACGUAUUAUAUAUCGUCCACAAAAUUUCUAUUGUAUCCAUGUUGAUAGAGAUGCAUCACCAGCUAUUUUACAAGGUGUUAAAUCUAUCGUUCAAUGUUUUGAUAAUGUUAUAUUAGCAAGUAAACAAGAGAAAGUUUUAUAUGCAACUUUUUCACGUUUACAAGCUGAUCUUAAUUGUAUGCAUGAUUUAAUUCAAUAUCCAUCAUGGAAAUAUUUAUUAAAUGUUGCUAAUACAGAAUUACCAUUAAAAUCAAAUAGUGAAUUAGUUAAGAUUUUAUCGAUUUAUCAUGGAUAUAACGAUAUUGAAGGACGAUGGAAAUCAAAAAAUCCACAUCGAACAGAAUAUGUUUGGCAAGUUAUUGAUACAGUCGGAGGAAGUGAUCAACAUGGAUCUCAUCUAAGAAAAACAAAUGAAAAAAAGAAACCACCACCAGGUAAUAUGGAAAUUAUUAAAGGAUCAGCUUAUGGUGCUUUUUCACGAGCUUUUAUUGAAUUUGUUCAUACAAGUCCUAUAGCAAAAGAAUUAUUAGAUUGGUCACGUGAUACAUAUAGUCCUGAUGAACAUUAUUGGGCAACAUUAAAUUAUAAUACACAUUUACAUACUCCGGGCGGUUAUAAAGCAAAAAGUGAUCCAGCUAAUUGGACAGCUCGUUUUGUCAAUUGGGGUGAAAGUAAUUGUUAUGGACGUAUAAUACGUGGUAUAUGUGUAUUUGGUACUGUAGAUUUACCAACUUUAUUUAAUCGUCGUGAAUUAUUUGCAAAUAAAUUUCAUUUAAAUGCUGAUCCAAUUGCUUAUCAAUGUUUAGAAGAACUUAUAAUAAAUAAAUCCAAACUUGAUUUACCAUUAAAUGAUGCGACAUUUUAUCGUCGAAUGCCUUUUUUGUUACCUUCGUAA